GCCCUGGCCAGCAUGAUUCAGUUUGCGAUGCCAUGGAUACAGACCCGAUGCGACGUUGAUCGUGCUUCACGCGUUUAGUCGACAAAGUCAGUGCGGUGUGUACGCAAACAUUGCUCGCAUUCCCGAGCCUCCCAUCGAACGCACGUGCGUAGUGUACGUUUUUUUUUAUUUUCUUCUUGUGAGUUGUGCAAGAAUUCUAUUCUAUCGGUGCAGAUAAAAAAGUUUAAAUAGAAAAAGAAGGUUGUGAAAUAAAUCACCCACCUUUCGCCGUGCCGAAAGAACACACAUUGACAGUGACAGUGAAAUUCAACAUUUCAAGUGCCCGUGCAGUUUGAACGAAUCGUGCCUUUCGCUUUCAGGCAAGGUUUUCGAUUUCACUGUGGGCUGUCGAGUGCUGUGCAAGGUUCCGUAAGGAGGCACACAUUUUUCUCAACAAGCGAAAGAGAAAUCACUCCAAUUUUCACAGCCAUCGUACGAAGGUUAGUGUCGUUGUGCCUUCGGUGACAUUGCACGUUCUGGUGACUCUUGUUUUUUUUGUUUGCUAGUUGCACAAUAUACGAAGACGUGCGGGGGCUCCUUUUUGCUUUUUGGGGAAGAAAGUGCAUCCGUUGCAGCGAAAGCCAAAACCCACGGCAGGAAGCAACGUGUAUUGGUUAAGCCGCAAAGAAAGCGUUUCUAGAGAGUUUCGGAACCCGCGGGUGAUUUGUGUUUGUGUGCCGAGAGUUUAACCAACCCCCACUGGGGGGAGUGUGCUGUUUGCGGGCCGUGUGUGUCUGUAUCUGUGGCUUGAAAACUGGCGGCGUUUCCGUCUGAAAAGGUGAAAGAAAUUGCUUCGAAGCUGAUGGUUGGUUUUUGUUUUUCGUUGGUUCGCACCAUUCGCACGUGCUUUCUUCCAGCUGUCCGGGAAGCGAGAAGUUUGAACGCAACAGCGGAAGUCGACAAAGUCUGACAAUUGAAGUUUGUUUUGUGUGUUUCGUUGGCCGUCACUUUACCGUUUUCCGAAUCCGUGUUUUGCGCCAACCAACCAAAACCCCACGGCAGAGCAGAUCCACGUGCACACCGGACGUAUUUAUUUACGAUUGCACUUCAAUAGAUUGUCGUGAACAAUUGCUGAAGAUUUUGUGAUAAGAUCAAGGACGUUCGUUGCUGGUCGAACGAAUUUACAAGGUAUGUGUGGGGUUGGAACGCAAAAUUCAUCCGACUAAUUUGAUCCAAUAAAGUACGACACAAAAAAACACACACACCUCGAGUGGAAGGGAUCUGAACGGCGUGCAAAGCGGUUAUUUCAUAUUCAGGACAAGAUUGUUGAACGUUCUGUGAGGAAAUAAAACUUAAACGGUUGAGCUAAUCGCUGGAGAGCAUACAUUUUUGCGGAAACUCUCUAAAACCACCUUAACUUGAAUGCACAAAUAAUGCAAACAAUUGAAAGUUAAUUUUCCUGCACAAAAGGGCACACACACAUUUUACAAGGAUUUUACCUUUCACUUCAACUCUACUAAGCUCUGCAACAAAAGGACAUAAAAGUAACAUCAAAGUGCUACAAUAAUGGGGGCCGUUGCUAAACUGUUGCUGCUGUGCGUUUGCCUAGCAAAAGCACAUGGUGCCGUUUAUUCACCCGGAGGUGGCGGCGUUUAUGGAGACUCGUCACCGAAAGAUGCCGGCGGGGAUCCAGUGUUUGCUGUGCUGCCGAGCCAGGACGUCAAUCCGGACUACUACACGACACAGACGGUGUAUGGAUUUCUCGAUUUUACCACCACCAUCGGCAAUACGGUGAUGAUCUUUUCGCCACAAAGUGCCGCACCGGUUGUGACAGAACCACCUAAAACGACGGCUCCACCUCCACCAGUCAUCGAAACGACUCCCACCACCACCACUACCACAGAGGAAGCGGUCCAGGAGAUUAAACCCAGCAAAACGGUCGUGCUGCCGGUACAGCCUAAAGAGAAGGUCAGCAUCGUGCAGGUACUACCGGAAACUCCAAAACCACCGACCGUCAAACCGAUCGGUCCGCUUAAGUUCGUCCCGAAAGCCGUCCCGAAAGUUGCCAUCAAACCGAUCCUGAAACCGAAACCAAAAAUCGUCGAAAUAGCUCCGGUUAAGGUAGAACCCGUGCCGCAACAGGAACAACCCCAGCCAGAUCGAUUCAUCGUCAAGCCAGUUCCGAAAUCGGUUAUCAUUAAGCCAGUGGCACCGGUUGUGAAGGUGGUGGCUACGAAGGUUGAACCGACGACAACAACGACCGAAUCGUCACCUGAAAUUGAAUCGGAAGAGGAACAGUCGGAAGAAUUCGAACAGGAACAGGAACCUCAAGAAAUUGCUGAGGAUGAGCCAGAGGAGGUGCACGAAGAAGUAGAAGAGGAGGAGGAAGAGGAGGAAGAAGAAAUAAAAGAUCAGCAGCAGCCGCAAGAAGUGAUUCCGAUCGCAAAGGUAGUAGAGAAUGUCCACGCGGUUGAACCAGUUCAAGAGACGGAGCAACCCAAGACGCACGUUGUUGAAGCCGUCAAACCAGUGACUGCGGCGACUACCACCACAACGACGACAGAGGAACCUGCGGCAGUGGGUGCAACGGCCGAAGAUCAGCACGAAGAGCACUCGCCGAUAAUGUUUUCCAACAUUUCGGAAGAUGAAGUGAAACCUGCAGCUGAGGUGAAGGUUGUCCGGAGCGAGAGCGGAACUCCCACGGUUGGAGCUGUGGAGCAUCAGCAGAACGAAGAAGACACACCGGAAGCGGAAACCAACGGCGAUGAGGAUGAAGAUGACGAGGAAGAGGAAGACGAAGACGAACCGGUACCAGUGUUGCAGAUUGGCAACAACAUCGGUGAACCGGAGUACGAUUUCCUUUCGCGCCAACCGUCCGAGUUUGUGGAGGAAACGUUCCGUGUCGUCAACCUGCGACCGACGGGAGCCGCCUCACAGCCAGCGGGCGCCACCGCCCAAGCAGCAGCACCGCGCGAGAAGUCGGCCAAACCGAAGCGAGGUAAUAAGGGCAGAACCCAUCCGACCGGCCUGGUGACGACGCUCGGUGGCACCGUGGUUAAGGAGGGCGUUACCACCGUCCACGAGACCAGCGUGAUCGGCACCUACAUUUCAGGAAAGUAUGCGCAGGUCCUACAAAGCACAUCUCAUGUCAUUCAAGGUAACCAAGGUGGAGCGGCAACGAACGGUAACGGGGGUGCAGCGGGGGCCAACGUGGCCACCGAUGGUCGCCGGCCCAAGCUAAACCCGAGCUCAACGUUGCGCAUCCUGAAGACGGCGGCACCGGCACUCAACAAGACGCCACGGUACAGUCCGGAGGCGGCAUCGAUCAUUACACCGUCCCCAGCGACGCACGCACUCGAGGAUACUGGGCUGCCGCUGGAGAAUCUGUUCGCCAGCCAGCCCAGCUCGAGCUUGGUGCGACCGUCGCGCCGUCUGCCCGGUAGCGCUAGCGGUAACUUCAAGAACCGUCUGAAGAACCGCAUCAGCAAGGACGAGAACGAUCUGCAGGAGCAGGGUGGUGACAGUGAGCAGGUCACCCCGCAAGCCACCGUAACGCCACAGCCUACCUACGGCAAGAAGCCGGGCAACCGUUACCGCAACACACAAAUCGUUAAGCCCGUCGGCAAGAAUACAAGAUAUAACCGUUACUCUACAUCUAGCGUGGAGGUGGCCACGGUAUCCGUUUAUAGUGAGCCGAGCCCGACGGCCGGCUCGGGCUAUCAGAACCGGCGCAAUAAAUCCUCACGUAACGGUUUUAAACCAACAUCAUCCCACAGCGUGUCGACCGUACAGCAGCAGCAGCAGCAACAGGAUGCGGCGACCAGGCGAUCGUUCAAACCGAAACCACAGCCGUCCGCACCGCUAGAUCAGGAACCGGGCCAGACCACCAGUCUGUACAAGUUCAAGCUGAACCGAUCGCCGGGCCGCUGGCAGUACAAGUCGCCCGCCAAGCCGACGGUUGCGAUCCGGAAGCAGAGCGCGGUCAAGCCCAAGGAUCAGGUACUGGAAAAUCUCACGACCGCACCGAUUUCCGACACAUCCGUACAGUCUAAUGAUAUUGCGCAGUCGCCCGAACAUGCGGAAAAGGUGGACACGGAUGCGGACCUGGACCAGUCCGGCUCGGUGCAUGGGAAUGUGCUGAAUGAUGCGGAGAACGACAACCAGAUCGAACGCCGCUACCCGAUCGAGACGCUGAAGGUGGAGAUAUCGACGCCAGCUGACUUCCGUGACACGUACUACGAGAUAGCGACCAUCAAGUCGCCCUACACCUUCCAGGUGGGAACAGUAAAGAACACCCGUUACAUUACCGUCACCUCUACGAUCGAGAAGGUAUUGGAGCAGGAGACGGCCACCAUCACACCGUCGUUGACGGAACCACUGACCGAAAACAUUUUGGCCACCACGACACACAUCGACAAGGAGAGUAAUCUGCUAGACUCGAGCAUUGCCACACUGCCACCGAUUGCGCUUGGUAUUGACACGGAAACGCCUCCACUUGAGACACUGACGGAAACAUUCAGUACCACUCAGGCCAUGCUAAAGACGCACAUACUACCCGUGAUCCGUGACGGUGACACUACGAGCUACACGCUGAUCCAGACGUACCAUGUGACGCGCUUGGUGACCGCCACCAAGACGCUACCACCGAUGGAGUUGUACCAUUUCGUGCCGUCUCGUACGCUGAACGAGUUCAACAGCCGAUUGGAUGAGGCCGGAUCGGAGCUUCAUCUCGAGCUGGAGUUUGGUGAUGACAACGAAAACGAUGACGAAGAUAAGCCUAAGCGCGAACGACUACCUUCGGAUCUGGAUCUUUCGAGCAUUGGAUCUGAUUUUGAUCUGUCGGAAGUGGACAAGACUAAUAUCCCGGAGAACAUCCGGCCAAAGAAGAAGAUCAGUGGAAGCAAUAAGGAUAACCGAGUUACUACCGAGGCACCUGUCACGACACCUGCUCUUACGCCGGAACAGCUACAGCAGUUGGCGCUUCUACGUCUCCUCAAUCCGGCCGCUGCCGCUCAAAUUCCUUCGGUAAUUACUUCAUCCAAACCAGUGAUUAAACUCGAAACUGUGUACGAAUCGCAUGUACUUCCCAUCAUCAAUGGAGCGAACACAAUCCUGAGCACAAUUUCCCGUCCAAUUGGUACCAUCACCAAAACCAGUUACGAAGUGGUCACGACGACUCUGCCCACCCUUCCAAUACCUCCAAUUCCGCAGCUUAAUCCACUGCUGAUCCAACAGCAGCAACAGCAGCAACAGCAACAACAGUUGCAGAUCCAGUCGACACCUGUCGUCACGCAGACGAUCGUCACCGAGACGAACAGCAAGGUGUUGAAGCUUACGUUCGGUGCUAAGACGGCCUAUACUACGCUGUACUCGACGACAGUUGUACCGACGGUGCUGACCACCUACCUGACCCAGUCGGUGUCGGUGCAACCGACGGCGGCCGCUGCAUUCCCUGGAUUCUUCCCGAAUCCUUACGCACCGUUCCCGUUCGUCGGCUAAUGGGAGAGCUGCCUGGCUUAUGUGCUUGCCUAGUUAGUAGUUUAGGAUAACGAAUUGACAGAGCCGCCGGAUGACGUGAGUGAGCAGACGAUCGCGCGAGAAGAAAGCCGACACGUGAACACGUCCGUACGGUCGCAAAGUAAAAACGCAACCCGCAACAAACCUGAGAACCCUGAUAAUCUUUCCACACCAUGAUAAAUUCCGAAUGAUACCUUUAGACCGGUGGCGGAAGGAAAUUAUUCAACGGUGCAACGAAGCUAACAGAUAGAGAUAAAAGCCGCCAAGAAGGAUGUGAAAGGUUAAACUGUCCGUGCACAACCGUGGAAUCUUGCCACAGCCCCCGGCGGGGAGGAAUGAGACCAAAAACCCGUCACAACCCACCCCUCGGGACGGGGGCUGAACCAUGAACUAGGAGAAGCGUGUAAUGGAAGAAGAAGGGACACCAUCUACCCACUUUUGGGGCGAAACGAUGUUUUAGUGUUAUUUGCAUGUUUUGUAUUGUGCCGUUUUUUUUCUCUUCCUUCCUUGCCGAACGAACCCGAACGGAUCCAACCAAGCACUGACUGACGAAACCGCGUUGGCCGGACAUAAAAUAUUCCAUUCCGUUUAGUGGACGUAAUGGUUCUGUAUUUUAUUUUUUUUUUCUUGCUGCAGUCCUCAACCAUCUACCGCGCUUGUAAGCAGAAGGAGAGAAACAUUUGCCUUAAGAAUAGCAUUAAAUUUAAUUCAAACUAGAGCUCUAUAAUACGGUGAAAAUGUUGUCUAAGAGAGAACCCGGAAAGUAAAGGACGAAUCCGGGGAGCGGGUUUCUUUUUUUUUCGAGCAGGGUGGAAAAUGCACCCCUUUUUUUGAGUCCACAGAUAAGAAAGGAAGACAACGAAAAAAAAGGAUACGCAAGGUUUUAUUUUUAUGCUGCGAAGGAUAAAACGGUUUAUGACGAAACAAGAGAGCCUCCCCCAGGAAAAAAACAGAACGAACACCGCGCUACAAAGCGAAGAAAGAUCCGAGUGAAAAGUGCAAUCGUUAAAGUGAAAAAGAGAAGUUAAAAAGUUGGAUUAGGGAAAACGAGCAUCAUAAGCGUGUACUAUCAACCUUUUUUUUCUUCUUCUACCGUUCGAAUGUAACGCCAGCGCGCGCCGUAUUCAUAAACGGAUAAUUUUGUAAAUAUUUUAUACGAUUAUCGAACCCAUCGCCAAUCCUUCGUGCUGUCCGUUUUGUGAGAAGCGGUACUGAAUUCACUGAUUCACGCUGAAAUGGUAAUGCUGUCGCUUUUUUACCUUUCAGUAUUUAGUUCAUUUUUUUUAAGCAAACAAGAAACGCCUUUCAAGCUCAAUCAUGCAAAGUAGUUUUGUUUUUAACAUUCUAUUGUAAAUAAUUUCUAUCGUUUUUUUUCUCACUUUCAUUUGCAGUAUAAAUUUUUUAAACCCCUUUUUUCUCAUCCUUAAAUGCCUCGUUUCGGUAAAACUUUAUGGCAAACGGAUCAUUUAUGCCGGUAAAAAAAUAUUACUUCCUAAAACGUUUUACAACCACAACUCAUAAUGCGUACUCUUUUUUAAUAUCGCCCUAUUCCUCCUAAACGGGUCAGCAUUAUUGCUCAAAACGUUUCAAUUCAUGACCACUGCAAUUUGCUCUAGAAAUAGCUAGUAUCAUAAUGGACCGUGUGCGCAAGAUUCGGUUGUAAAACCGGUGAAAAUUGCGACUAUAUUGAAAAAAUACUCAGUCCUACGCAUCGUUGCAUCACAAUUGUGCACGAUUGUGCAAAUUGUUUUUUUAAAUGUGCUUUAGGUUUAACAUUUAAUGAUAUUACACACAACUUGCUUCAUGCACAACGCGGGCAAACAAUUCUUUUCGUUUCGUUUAAAAUCGUUUGUUUGUGUUUGUGUUUUUUUUUGUAAAUAAGUUAUGUCCUUUUCUUGUCUCCUUUCUUUUCCAUUUUCUCAUACUGUCGAUCACACUAUUAAAUGUUUAAUUAAUCAAACCGAAUUGUAUUCUUGGAAGCAAUUUUUAAUAAAAUAUAUUUUAUAAUACAAGGUU